AUCACACAAACACACUCUGACACACAUCUCACUCUUCCCAGUCUCCGUUACUCUUCUCAAGCAAAAUAAGAGCAUGCGAAGCCUAGUAGUAGGUGCUUCUCAGCUCCUCCUGAGCCGAUCAUCCACUCUCUUCUUCUCUCCCAACUCUCGUCGCUCUCUCUCUAAACACCUCCAUUUCUGUAACCUCUCUCUCCACAACACAUUUCUCUCUCUUCGAAGCUUCGCGAUCAUGGCCGCUAGUGACGAGUUCGUCAAGGGAACUGUCCUCCCCAACGGCGUCGCUGUCAUCACUCUCGACCGCCCCAAAGCCCUCAACGCCAUGAACCUAGAGAUGGAUAUCAAAUACAAAAGUUUUCUUGACAAAUGGGAAGCAGAUCCUAAGGUGAAAUGUGUUCUGGUUGAGAGCAGCUCACCACGUGCCUUUUCAGCAGGUGGUGAUGUAAAGACGAUCGCGGCCAAAAACCAAGUGUCAGAUGUGAUUGAGGAUGGAAAUGGGGUGAUGGCUGCCUUCCAAAUGAUGGUAUUUACUGCUGAAUAUUCUUUAAUAUGUAAAAUUUCUGAGUACAAAAAGCCAUAUAUAAGCUUCAUGGACGGCAUAACAAUGGGAUUUGGAAUUGGCCUAUCUGGUCAUGGACGCUACCGGCUCAUCACCGAGAGGACUGUGCUUGCUAUGCCAGAAAAUGGGAUUGGCUUGUUUCCAGAUGUGGGUUUUGCAUAUAUAGCAGCACAAACUCCAGGAAAAGGAUCGGUUGGUGCUUAUCUUGGAAUGACUGGAAAAAGGAUUUCUACACCUGCUGAUGCACUCUAUGUAGGUCUUGGAACGGACUACAUACCAUCUACGAACUUGGGUUCAUUGAAGGAGAAUCUCUUGGCAGCCACCUUUUCUGAGGAUCCACAUCAGGACAUCACAUCACUUUUGGCAAGAUACAGCAGUUACCCAGAGUCUGAGCCCCAGUUGAAACAGCUUUUACCUCAAAUAGCUUCAUCCUUCGCCGGAAAUAAAUCUGUUAAUGAAACAAUACAAGAGCUGAAAAAGCAUCAGCUGAGCACUGAUGCCUCAGUGGCAGAAUGGGCGAACGAUGCCCUUAUUGCGCUUGGAAAAGGUGCUCCAUUUUCUCUCUGCUUAACACAAAAACAUUUCUCCAGAGUUGCAUCUGCAAGUGGCAAAGACAAUGAUCUAUCCAGUUUAACUGGUGUAAUGAAAACUGAAUAUCGCAUUGCUAUAAGAUCUUCCCUUCGAAAUGAUUUCGCUGAAGGUGUCCGUGCAGUCUUGGUGGACAAGGAUCAGAACCCAAAGUGGGCCCCACCAAGUAUCGACGAAGUAGACCCAAAAGAGGUGGAAGCACUCUUUGAGCCACUGGCCCCAAAAAUUGAGGAACUGAAAGCUUGACUUGCAUCUCUGCCUUGUCAUGAGAGGAAGAAGAGAAGGAAAGGGAGCAACUACUAUUAUUAGUUAGACCCUAAGAAAUUAAGUGGAAAGACGAGAACAAUUUAUUUAGAGUGUGAAAUCUUGGCUGAUUUGUGGGGUUGAUUAUGGCCCCAAGCCCUAACAACAAUGACAAUUCUACCCUAAUGUAUUGUUAAUGACUCAAGAGUCUCAAAGCCAAAGCGUUUCAAUUUGUCUUUUGUGACACAAGUGGAGUGUGUAAUGGUAGUUAGCUUUUGUUUCACAAACUUACAGUUAAUUGCAUAUUAUUACGGGGAGGACGAUUUUGGAUGCACAAA